CUCCACCUCAGGAAAUGACAUCGGCAGUGUGUAACUGAACAGUUUAUACAAAUGGCACUCUUGCAAAUAUAUAAAGAGGAACAGAGUACUACAAUUUUUUUUAUUUUUUUAUUAAGCAUACUCUCUAACAUAACCAAAUGAAAGAUGCAUAUAAACAUGUUUGCUGUUGUCAUCUUAAUGAUCCAUGGUGUUGAAGGUUUGACAUUAAACCAACCUCAGAAGGUCUUGGUGAAGCAAACUGGAAAAACAGUGUCCUUCAAAUGUGAGGUAAAUGGCUUAGGCAAUGAUAAUUAUGUCCACUGGUACCAAAAGAAGGAUGGUGAAACAUUUAAAAGACUACUCUACAUCAGUGCAUCUGGCAAAGUCAGUGGUGAAGCAAAAGACUUUGUCGGUGAGAAAAAUGGAAAUUCAUAUGACAUUAAACUUAAAGGAAUAAAAGACGAACAUGCUGGCGUGUAUUACUGUGCAUGCUGGGAUGGCAGCAACAAGAAAGUCUUCGGCUCGGGCACAAGACUUUACGUGACAAAACCAGGCAAAGACAAGGCUGUGGCACCAGAAGUGUCAGUGUACCCAUUGUCCGUAGCACAACCAAAUGGCAAAAGCACAAUGUUAUGUCAAGCCACGAAGAUGUUUCCUGACUUGGUGAAAUUCUCAUGGGAAAUGAAGGGCAAGACAGGAGGAGACUGGACUGAAGUGGAGAAGGAAAAUGUUGUGGAGCAGAGGAAUGAACGGCCAACGAUUGUCGUGACAAGUAUGGUGAUCGUAGAUAAAAAUACAGCCAAAAACAACCAUUACCGAUGCACUGUUACCCACGAGGGAACCAACAAAAUUAUUGAACUAAGAAAAGAGCCAGCAGUGAAUACCAAUGUUGACACUGGCAUCCCGGCAACAUGUCCACCCCCAACAGAUACUUUGGAUCAAACACCUAGUCUGUACCUGUUUGUUUAUGCGUAUGGUGUAACGCUCAUGAAGAACGGAGUUUAUUUUUGUGCUGUCUCUAUCAUUCUAUUGAAGAGAAAAGCUGGAAAGAAGGAUGCAAGCUCUUAGCGGCUAAAUGCAUAAGAUCAACAUGAAGCAAACAUAAGGUUUAAAAUGUCCAGUAUAUUUCUUUGAUUUCUUAAAAAAAUUAAAAAAUAAAAAACAAGAUGCUCAUGUCAUCACUCCAUGUCAGGAAUUUAUUCUCAAAUGUAUUUCUUCUAAAUAUAUUUGUUUUAGAUUUGUUUUAUUAAUGCUUCUAAAAAAAUAUGAAUUGCUUGAUUGUAUUUUGAUUGUCUUUUUAAAGCUUAUAAACAGCAAUGCACAACUGUCCUUUUUCUGCGUCUUUAAAAUAUAUGCAAUAUUUUGAUUUAAAAAAAAAAAAUGUACUGUGUAUUUUUGCUAUCAGGUUUUUUUAUGUGUUCUCUGAAUUUGUUGAAUAAAAUCUGACAAAAUCCUGGAAUAUUUCAUUUUAUCCACACAGCAUGAAAUGUAAAAUGUCAUUUUAAAAUAAAACAGUUGUCAAAUUAAUCUUAUACUUAUGUAUUUUUAUGUUUUGUUGAACAAUGAAACUUGUUUUGAAAAGUUGUAUAUGUUAUCUUCAAAUCAAAAGUUAUAAAUUACUUAGACAUUAAUGUAACACAUUA